AUGGGAAAAGGAACCGACAAACUCUACAUCACACACUCCGAGUGGUCCUCCUCUGACGCGUACUCGGCGUCCGCUGGCUCGGGCGUGAAUCAGAAGCCCAAUGGAGCCCAUGCCUCUUUCAAGCGCCUACCAUACACGUUCUGCGCCCUAAGUCUACAACCCUUCACCUCUCCGGUGUGUACUCCCGAAGGCCUCAUCUUCGACCAUGAGAACAUACUGCGAUGGCUGAUUACUCAUGACACCAAUCCAGUCAACGGCCUUCCGCUCAAGCAAUUAGACCUGAUCAAGCUCCAAUUUUCGAAGAAUGAGGUGGGCGAGUAUGUCGAUCCUGUUACCUUUAAACCAUUCACCGACAACUCUCAUAUUGUGGCUGUACGGCACGAUGACUCUGCCAAUGUUUUCGCCUACGAUACGGUGGAGCGACUCAACGUCAAGGCGAAGAUGUGGAGGGAUCUAGUAACGGAUGAAGAGUUUACGAGGAAGGACAUCAUCACGUUACAGGAUCCACAGAAUUUGGAAUCAAGGGAUCUAAGCUCUUUCAAAUACUUGAAGGAUGGAGAAGACACGGGCAUCAAAAAGGAAGAGGCGGCCGUCAAUACUGACGCGCUAGGAUCAUCGGCGAAGAUCAUCAAGGCCAAAGAAGCCGUCGCUCGCGCCCGGGCAGAGAGAGCUGCUGGGAAGGCUUCUCCUGCGGCUAAGAAUGGGAUCACUCUGACCCAGACAAGCCAUAGGGCUGCUGACAGCCAGACUCCCAUGCAUAAACCGAAAUCUGUACCGUUCAAUGCUUCUCAUCACACGACUGGUCUAGCAGCGGCAUCAUUCACCUCCACAGGGGUGACACCCCAUACCUCUGGCGCAUUAGCACUCCUCUCAGACGAAGAAUAUCUCCUCAAGCGUGGCAGGGUGAAGCAGUCCGGUUUCGUCCGCUUGCAAACCAACCACGGAGAACUCAACCUCGAGCUGCUCCCAGAGCACGCACCGAAAGCCGUCUGGAAUUUUGUUCGCCUGGCUCAGAAGGGCUACUACAAUGGCGUCAUCUGCCACCGGAACAUCCGCAACUUUAUGUUGCAGACAGGCGAUCCCACUGGGACUGGCCGAGGUGGAAGCAGCAUCUGGGGAAAGAACUUUGAAGAUGAGGUUGAGGGGCCGCUAAAGCACGAUGCGAGAGGUGUGGUUAGCAUGGCGAACAAAGGGAAGAAUACGAAUUCAAGUCAGUUCUUCAUUACGUAUCGUGCAGCGAGCCACCUGGACCGGAAGCACACCGUCUUCGGGAGAGUGGUAGACGGGAUGGAUGUGCUGAGGAAACUGGAGGAUGUACCUGUCGAUCCUUCAACGAAUAGGCCGAAGGAGGAGGUAAAAAUUAUUGAGGCUGUCGUGUAUGUGGAUCCAUUUGAGGAGUUUUGGAAGAACAAGCGGGAAGAUGAGGAGGCGGAGAAGGAGAAAGAGGAGAGGAGGAAGGGCGACGAAGAGCGGACUACCUGGACGGGAAAACGGAUACGGAAUGAUGGGACGGUGCAGGAUGAUGGUGGAGGCGGGGUGGGGAAGUACCUCAAAGCUGCCAUGGAUAGCACUGCAGCGCAGCCUUCAGGAGAUGAUGAAAUCGUGGAAUAUGUAGAUGAUGAUUAUCAGACGGAGCAGCCAAUGAAGAAGUCGAAGGGUGGAGGUGGAUUUGGCAAUUUCGAGGGCUGGUAG